AUGCAAUUUAGCUCAAGAGCUUCCGGGUGCGCGGAGAAGAUGUGGAAGGCCACCGCAUUCGCAGCCUUCGCGCUGGUAAAUGGCCAGCAAUGUCACGUUUCUCCACAUGCAUCUCCAGGCUAUGUUUGGGACACUUUUCCAAAUGCAGGCCCUGAGCAAGUGAUUGGUGCCAACAACCGGGUGCCCAUCGUUCCUUUAGUCACUUCCAACCUUUGUGGAGCUGGGAAUAUGCCCUCGUCCGCCUUCGCCUUCGCCGGGAUUGAGGGCACCGAGUGGAAGGCCGCCCCGAAGGCGGCGCGGCGUUUGGCCGGCAGCAUGCUCAUCGAGCCCUUGCCAUUGGCGAUGCCGACCACCGCCGCCCCAGCUGCAGCUGAAGUGGCGCCAACGGCCCCAGCCACCCCGGCGGCCCCAGCCACCCCGGCGGCCCCAGCCCCUCCGGCGGCCCCAGCCCCUCCGGCGGCCCCAGCAGCUCCAGCCCCAGCCGCUCCGGCGGCCCCUGCGGCCCCGAAGGCGCCGGCCGCCCCGGCAACUCCCACGGUGCCGAAGAUGCCGCAGAUGUCGGUGGAGUCCGUGGAGUCAGUGAAGAUCCCAGCGCUGACGGGUGAUUUUGGAGACCAAGAACCUGCCAAAGCUGCCAGCGUCACUACAGCACCAAGCGUGGUCCUUCAUGGCCCCAGCUUUCAAGUUGGGACAGGAUGUUCUCAGAAGCUUUCACAUGUGGCGAUUGCUGCAGGCAUCCCAAGGCCACAGCUACGGCUCUAUUUCGAGGCCUGUGACAAGGAGCCCGUGGCCGUGGUAGCGGUGGAUCUCAUUAGCAGUACUUCCUCUACAGCCGUGGGAGAGAAGCUGAAAGAUUGGAUGUGCCAGGUGGAUUCUAGCAGUUGCCUUUCAGCGAUCCAAUCUUUGGAGGGACACACUGCGCAGGCCAAGGUGGAGACCAUGGAGGGUCUCGUGGGCAAGGGCGUUUGCACCGGCGAGGGGGUCGUGUCUUCCCCAGAGAAGGGAGCAACCUCCGCCGAGGAAUGUCGCCUCGCAUGCAAAGGCAAGAUCGAAAAGAAUGCAGCAGACGAAUCUUUUGAUACCUGCACGGGCUGGGAUGCCAAGGGUGCCUCCUGUGUGACCUAUGGCGCCUGGCCAGUGAAGAAAGCCGAUCCUUCUGCAGGACCUGAUGCCAGCUGCUACUCCAUGUCGGUGGGCCGCCGGCUGGGUCAGCUGGAAGCACCCAAGGAGGAGGUCGACUUGGACUUCUUCGCAGAGCUGCUCUCCAACAGCGAGGGCUCUUCACAUUUGAACCUCGUCUCGGCGGUGCCCAGCUGCUUUCAAAGCUUCUCGUGGUAUGGUCUCAAUGCGCCGAUCGAGGUUCCCAGCAAGAGUCUCGAGAUGAUCAAACACAUGGUCCGGAAGGAGGCGAAACUGUUCCGCCCCCUGGCGGCCUCCGAGAGCCAGCAUGCCGUCAAGGUGCUGGUGCAGCCAGCCUGCUUCCAGGACUGCAGCGGACAGCUUUUGGGCGCCUGCCAGAAGCAGAGCGCCAUCCUUCAGGAGCUCAUCGCUGAGGCGAAGGCGGAGACGAAGACGCCCGCCUUGAAGCAGCACUACUAUGAGCCGAUGCCCUCGCCGGAAACGCGUGGGGGCAAUAUGAUGUUCACGCUCAUGGGCGAAAGUGCCUAUGCCGAAGUCUUCUCAGAGCGGGAUGGUGUGUGGGCAUGGAGCCUGAUCUUUGGUGCGGCGUCCUUGGCAUUGGGCUUCUUGGUGGCGGCAGGAUGCAUCGGUUGGUGCACCUAUCGCCCUGCACCGCCGCAGGCUGACCCCAGCAAGGUGGUGGCUCGACUCCUCUACGAAGGGCCUGAAGGAGAGAGGGAAGUCCUCCUGGAGCCAGCCGCAUUUCGGACCUCCACCACACUCCCCACCGAUCCUGGCAUCACAAAGGUGGACAUGAGUGGCGCACAGAAGAGCGGCUUCUUCAGCUACAUGGGUGGCUCUCAAGCAGCUGGCCCAUAG